UAAAGGGUUACUUAUCUGUUUUUGUGAUCAACAGAGAUUACUUUGUUUUGUUUUUCUUUGCAUUUUUUAUCUAAUUAUUGCUUUACUGUUGGAGCUUUGAAGAAAGGUGUGACCGCACAUCAGAAAUCCUUCCAAUCUUAGGUCUCUACAGCUCAUGGGAGUGUGAAACUGGACUGAAACACACACACACCCAUAUAUACACACACCUGUUGUUGCUGAGGAUUCCCCUGGAGCGCAGUCAUGGGCAUCUGCGUCACGGUUGCUUGAGGGAAUCUGUGCGUCUGUGAAGCUGUUUUCUGGUGGUGGCCUCGGUGAAUGUUACAGUAGACGCUGACCUGCUUGUCCAGGGUAGAGGAGGGAGAUGUCAACCUACUACCCACGCACCAAGGAUCUGACUCGUACGAGGAAGUCACUGACAGAUUCACCACCGUCCUCUCCAUCCCCAACAGAGAAAAGCUACAGACAUGACAGACUGUCAAGAUAUGACUCCAGUGGAGAGAGUGCGACAGACAAACCACUGGGCAGGACCAGCUCUUACACACGGAGAGAGACGAGGCUGGCUGCACUGAAUAAACAGGAGCAAGACUCCACUACCAAAGAUUACAAGAAGAUGUACACAGAGGCUCUGCACGAGAAUGAGCGUCUCAAAUCCAGGUUGCAGGACAGCAAACAAGAACUGUCCAAGAUUCGUUCCCAGCUGGAGAAAGUCACUCAGAAAUGUUCUGACUUCCAGAGGCACGAAAGGAUAUCAGAGAGAUCUACUGUACUUGAAUCGGAGAAAAGGGAAAAACAGGCUCUGGAGAAAAAAGUGUCAGGAAUGGAGGAAGAAAUAAAGAUCUUAACAGAGCUCAAGUCAGACAACCAGAGGCUAAAGGAUGAGAAUGGGGCUCUCAUUCGAGUCAUCAGCAAACUGUCCAAAUGAAAAGAUGUCUGAGUCACAACCUGAAGCUCCUGUCCUGUGUCUGUGGACACUUCAACCUUAAUACGGCAGUUUAAUUAUUAAUGAUAUCCCAGAUCCUGACACCUCUGAUGGGCCACUUUGGCUGAAGAUCCUGACACAGUAAUUUCUGUUGGGACUUGUGAAGAUCCGAAGAGAAGUGUCAAAUUUUACCAAGUGUGUGAAAGAGUUACAAUAAUCGUUUCUACUUGAUUAGUUAUUAUUUUCUUUACA